AUGUCCACAACUUUAAGCGAGAAAGCCAAGGGCAAACAGCGCGCUGCACCACCACUUGUGCCGGAACAGCUUGUUACAGAACAGCCGCCUGACAGCCCGCCUUCCAAAGACUUGACGAUCCGUUUCACGGAGGGUAUACCCGACUUGAUAGUACAGGUCGCCGAGAAAGACACAGUGAAGGAUGUGAAGGACAAGAUUCGCCUUGUCAGGCCAGAGCUCACGGAUAGACGCCUCAGGUUUAUCCAUGCAGGACAGCUACUAGCAGAGAGCACUCCUAUCUAUGCCCGAAUAGCUUCUCUCGAACAACGAAGGCGCGUUUCGGAGAAACGGGGUGAUGAGGACGACGAUUCGGCGGAGCCGGCGUCAAGCGUGGGCACGACAUGGAUACAUUGCUCUGUCGGACCUCAGUUAUCAGAGGGAGAGGACGAAAGCAAUUUGCAGACUGCGCAAUUGAAGCCGCUGCGGGGGUUCGACAGGCUGGCGGCUGCGGGGUUCUCGGAAGAGGACAUUGCGAACAUACGAUUGCAAUUUCAUACCCACUCCGCAAGGGACUAUCUGGACCAGGACUUCGACGAUCAGGAAGACUACGACGAGCACGCGCGAGUGCUGGAAGAACAGUGGAUAGACUCACUCGACGGUGGCAGUAGCAAUUCGCAGUCGCAAACGGCAGUGUCAUCGCUCCACAACGGAAUCGUGCUUGGGUUCUUCUUCCCACUGAUACCCUUCUUUUUCUUCCGGAGCAAUAAGCCUGCGGUGUUCUGGGACGACGACAGUGAACACCAGACUUUGAGUGCACCAGUGUUCUCGCGGAAGAUGCAGAUGGGCAUCGUAGUUGGGCUCCUACUGAACGUGUUGUUCGGCCUAUGGACGUACCUUCUAGCCUCGUCGUAGUCGAAUAAAGCGGCCUGUCUCCACGCGAAAGGUCGGGUAUUUG